AUGUACACAACUAUUCAUGUACCUAAGAUCGCAGUGCAACGCUUGAGAAGCUUCUGCAUCAGAAGAUCAGUAAGGCGAUGCAAUUCUAAUGGAAGGGGACGAGAGGUUUUUGCUAGCACAGACCACCAACUUUCCUUCAGUCGAUCUCGCAUUGGAGAGUUCUUUCAAACUGCACCUCGACUGGAAAAUCAGUAUACAUCGGACCACCCUUUGCAGUCAUACAUGAAACGAGUUGUGCCUACAGAAGUAUUAGAAGCUGUGUUUAUGGAUUUGAAUCAGUUUGGUGAUCAAGUAGCUGGUGAGAUCAAUGAUCUUGGGCGUCAAGUUGAGCUUGAGCCUCCACAGUUAGAGCAGUACGAUGCAUGGGGAAAGAGAGUGGACAGAUUGAAAACUAGUCCAGCAUGGAAAAAGCUUCGUGAUAUAGCAGCUAAAGAGGGUCUGGUGGAAAUCGCAUUCUCACGUCUUUAUGGACCUUGGAGUCGUGUUUAUCAAGUUAUCAAGCUUUAUCUGUUUGCACCCUCAUCCGGCUUGUAUUCCUGUCCUUUGGCUAUGACAGAUGGUGCUGCUAAAGUGAUUGAAUCAUCUGGCAAUAUGAUGGUGUUUCAUCGUGCUUAUGGUCACUUAACAUCUCGUGAUCCGACUGAGUUUUGGACGUCUGGUCAGUGGAUGACAGAAAGAAAGGGUGGUUCAGAUGUUGGUUUGGGCACAGAAACUGUAGCUGUGCAUCAGCCUGAUGGCAGGUACAGACUGUAUGGAUAUAAGUGGUUCUCAUCAGCAUCGGAUGCUGAUAUGUCACUUACACUGGCAAGGAUAACUGAUGCAGAUGGUCGUGUUGCAGAGGGUUCACAAGGUUUGUCGCUAUUCUAUCUGGAAACUCGGGGAAAGCACGGAGAUCUCAAUAGCAUACAGAUUCAGCGACUGAAGAACAAGCUGGGUACCAGACAGCUUCCAACAGCUGAACUUUUGUUAGAUGGAACACUGGCUCACAAGUUGUCAGAUGAUGGACGUGGUGUAGCAACGAUAUCAGAUAUGCUUAAUAUAACUCGGCUUCACAACAGUCUGAAUGCUGUUGGUGGAAUGAGACGUAUGAUUAAUCUUGCCCAGAACUAUUGCAUACAUCGUGAAGUGUUUGGAAAGAAGUUAGUUCAUCAUCCUCUCCAUAUACAGACAUUGGCUAGGCUUGAGAUAGAGUGCCGAGGUGCAUUGUAUUUGGUAUUAGAACUUUCAAGACUGUUGGGAUUAGAAGAGACAAACGAGGCCAAUGAAGAAGAUCAGCUACUUCUACGUCUUCUUAUGCCUGUCACUAAACUAUACACAGCGAAACAAGCUAUGCUUGUUGCAUCGGAAGGAUUAGAGAGUUUUGGUGGCCAAGGCUAUAUUGAAGACACUGGACUACCUGGGAUGCUUCGAGAUGCACAGGUGUUACCAAUAUGGGAGGGGACAACAAAUGUUUUGUCUCUUGAUGUGCUUCGUGUGCUUCACAAAACUCAGGGCAAAGCUGUUCGGGUUUAUGUUGCUGACAUUAAGCGACGUUUGUCGUUGGCUGAAGGCAAUGCUGACUUACAGAGUGCAUGUCGAGCUGUCAGCAUUGCUGCAAACGUCUUAAUGGAGUUCACUGUCAAUUCUGCUAACAGUGAACUAGCUGUUUUGGAAAUGGCAGCACGCGACUACAGCUUCAGUUUGGCGAGGAUUUACAUAGGAGCCCUACUCAUUGAGCAUGCUGCUUGGGUUGAAUCUCUAAGUACUGAUGUUUAUACUGCACAAAGAUGGUGCAAGAAACAGUUGAAUGUUGUCACUGAACGAUUUGCAAGCGGCUUCUACAACUCGGAGUCACAAAUUCUAGAGCGUGAUAUACUCUUUAAUUAAGUCUAAUGAUAUUUUGCCCUAAUAUUCUGAUAUUCCUGAGUUAUUCCCGAUACUUGUUUUCAGAUGUUAGAACACGAUAGUACUGCUCAUCUAUUGAAUCCUGUUAUUGUAUGAUUGCUAUGACACAGAAUCAACAUCGGUUGAUGUGUUAGAAUAGAACCACAUUUACAGAGUA